GAGUACGUGACGCUACUAUUAACGCCCUACAUUUAAACUUGAGGUCGAAAUUUCGACUUUUUUGUAUAACCGCUUUCUCUUCCUACCAACGCGCAUGACACGCGGGAUUAGUAGGCAAUUUUCGAUCACUUCACACACAUGCGAGUAAGCCAUCUGCUCCAUAAGUAUUCAGUUCUUUUUGCUUUGCAUGUUACGAAUUCGUUACCAAUAAACAGUUUCCAGGGAAACAGUGACAUCGAUACUCAAUAUGGUGUGACAUUUUGACACACUUCAUUUGUAUUUUGUUUAAAAGUGAUCAUAUUCUCUGUUUAUAACAUUUUUAGCAGAGAAAAUACACAAAAAUCAUCACUAAAGUUUGUAGAAAAUGGUGAGAAUCACUGUUGAAUUAGUACGAAAAAAAGCUGAGCAUCACGACUGCCUGCUGGCACCAUUAGAAGAAAUUGCACUCCAUCAAGAAAAUAUCGAGAAAAUUGAAUUUCUACAAGAUUGGUGCCCUAAAUUAAAAAUACUGCUAAUGCAGAGCAAUCUCAUAGCAAAAAUAGAAAACUUGAACAAACUAAAGAAUCUUGUGUACCUUAAUUUAGCUUUGAACAACAUCGAGGUCAUAGAAAACUUAGAACGAUGCGAAUCGCUGCGUAAGUUAGACCUUACACUGAAUUUUAUUGGUGAUAUUGUGAGCGUUGAAACACUUAUGGGCAACUAUAGUCUUGAAAGUUUAUAUUUAACUGGCAACCCUUGCACCGAUUACGAUAACUACAAGAACUUCGUAAUCGGAACCCUACCCCAGCUAACCAGCUUGGACGGCAAAGAUAUUGAAAGAUCCGAGAGGAUCAUGGCCUUACAAAACCUUCCCUUCAUACGCUCUGAUAUAGUAUUCGAACAAGAAAAUUAUCGACAGCAACGUAGAAAACAAAAAUCUCGAUUGGAAAAAACUAUCAAAGACAAAUGGGAAAAUGAAUAUAAAGACAUGGACCCGGAGGAAAGAAACAAAAAAUUCUGGGCCGAAAAAUGUGAGCAUGCUCCAGAAGUUCGUUACGAAAUUGAAAAAAUGCGUAAGCUGAAACUAAAGAGCUACGAAACGGAAACAGAACAAGAAGAAAAACGAACUUACAAACUAUUCGCUCCAGACGGUAGACCGUUUAAUAUUAACCAAGCAAAGAUCAAUUUUGUUUUCGACGACUCUGGCCCAAGCUAUGUCUUGGAUUUAGCAGUUUACAAACACUUAGAUACUAGUUUACUCGAUGUUGAUGUCCAAGCUCAUUACGUGAGAGUCACUAUAAAAAACAAAAUAUUCCAAAUUCAACUCCCACAAGAAGUGGACAUAACUAAUUCUUCAGCUCAACGAUCUGAAAUCACCGGGCAUUUGGUGAUAACAAUGCCAAAAAGUAACGCUUGCAUUAUAAGUAGAGCGAAAAAAAAGGAAACUGCCGAAAAAGCCCAAGCGAAGUCCAAAUCGAAAGUAACUGAAUACCUCCGAUCGGGACAGACUAAAAGAGAAUUUCUUGAAAUUGGACCAGCUGACGAUGUUUUAGAUUUCACAAACAUGACCCGACCGAAGUCGACACCGGCUGCCAUUGAUCCAAGAUUGUAUGCAAGUGAAAAGAAGCCAUCAGCCGAUUUUGUUGACAAUCCUGAAGUACCACAUCUCAUUUAAGCUAUUGAUGCAAGAAUUUUCAGUUUCAGAAGACACUCCGUUGGUUUCUGGCAUUGACACAAUAAAAGAUAGAAAUCCGUCAAUAUCCCGUAUUUCUUUGGAUGUGAACUUAGCCGAGAUCUGAUGUCUGCCUGCCCACGGAGGAGUAAGCUUGAAGUUAGCAGUCGCAAAGGUACCAGGUGCCACGUUCUAAAAAGCAACAUUUGGUUUUAUUAGAUUCAAAUAGUGACAUCUAGCGGCGAGUGUACUAACUAUUUAGAAAUAAAAUGUAGUUAAAAAUUUA